GAUAUGAUUGAUCCUAGAGAUCCCUAAAUAUCGAUCUGGUGUUUGCAGAACGGUUUUAGUUUGAUUUUUCAGUAGCUCAUAAAUAGGUAAAAAAUGCUUCUGUGGCUGAUGCUAUUUUGUGUUGAAAUCGGAAAUACUGCUGCUUCUGCUUUUCAGUUUUAGAAAUAGGGAGUUUGACCAACAGUGUGAAACAGCCAUCAGUGAAGGACAGUCUGUUCAGUUCAACUAGAGAGAUUUAAAGUUUGGUUCUCUAAAGAAACACAAGAACAUGAUUGCUACGGAAAAGUUGCUUCUGAUUUCCUGCCUUUUUCAAGGUAUAAUUUGCAAUGAAUUUAAAGUCUUCAUGCCUCAGCGUAUUAAAGCCUUGAGCGGCUCCUGUGUGCUGAUUCCAUGUACAUUCACAAUUCCAAAGAGUUAUGAGACCGAUAUGGUGGAACCGGCCAGAGGAAUUUGGAUGACUUCUUAUAAUUUCAGAGAUAUUGUAUUUGACUCCAGUAGACAUUAUAGCGAGAAUACCCUGAAAGCAGAGCUACUUGGUAAAGUGACUAACAAGAAUUGCACCACAAUAAUACAUCAUUUAAAAAAAAGUGAUACAAAAAGUUAUUUCUUCAGAGCAGAACCUCCUAAAUUCACCUUUUAUCGGAGUGUUUUGCUUGAAGUUGCAGACUCUCCGGACAGACCUGUGAUCAACCCAUCGAGUGCAGUGAAGGAGGGAGCUCCCACGAGUUUAGCCUGCACUGCCCCAGCCCCGUGCCCAAGAGAUCCUCCAGCCCUGGUGUGGAGCGACACUCUGAACGGGAGUGUGGAGAUAGAGCAGGUUGAGCAGCAGGAUGGGACCAAGGCUGUAUCUUCUGUUCUGACGUUCACUGCCUCACAUCUGCACCACAACAAGGACAUCACAUGCACUGCGCAGUAUCCAGUGGAGUCUGAAACUAAAAGUGCUGAAGAAGUCUCGACUCUUCAUGUUCUCUAUUCACCGAAGAACACAUUGGUGAUAAUAAACCCUUCUGGUGAAAUACAUGAAGGAGAUCAUGUGACACUGAGCUGUAGCAGCAAUGCAAACCCAGCAGUGAGCCGCUACACCUGGUUUGAAGUGAAGGGAGAUAAUAUCAACGAGAAAAGUGCUGAACAGAAUCUCACUUUUACUGACAUUAACCCGAGUGACAGUGGACUGUACUACUGUGAAGCAAGGAAUGAGCAUGGGGCAGAGAACUCGACAGCCGUGCAGCUGAAUGUAGCAUCUCCUGCAACUCCAUGUAUUUAUGUUGUCAUGGGAACAGCGGCUGUUCAGAUGUUAGCCACCAUUUUGGUUGUUGUAUUCAUAAUGAAAAGAAAGAGAAAGGUAAGUCUGGAUUUUUUUCAUUUGCUCAUUUUAGAAAUAGGGAGUUUGACCAACAGUGUGAAACGGACAUCAGUGAAGGACAGUCUGUUCAGUUCAAGUAGAGAGACUUGUGCUUUUACAGAUUUCCAGUUUGGUUCUCUAAAGACACACAAGAACAUGAUUGCUACGGAAAAGUUGCUUCUGAUUUCCUGCCUUUUUCAAGGUAUAAUUUGCAAUACAUUUGAAGCCUUCAUGCCUCAGCGUAUUAAAGCCUUGAGAGGCUCCUGUGUGCUGAUUCCAUGUACAUUCACAAUUCCAAAGAGAUAUGAGAACGAUAUGGUGGAACCGGCCAGAGGAAUUUGGAUGACUUCUCAUAAUUUCAGAGAUAUUGUAUUUGACUCCAGUAGACAUUAUAGCGAGAAUACCCUGAAAGCAGAGCUACUUGGUAAAGUGACUAACAAGAAUUGCACCACAAUAAUAAAUCAUUUAAAAAAAAGUGAUUCAAAAAGUUAUUUCUUCAGAGCAGAACCUCCUAAAUUCACUUUUUAUCGGAGUGUUUUGCUUGAAGUUGCAGACUCUCCGGACAGACCAGCGAUCAGCCCAUCGAGUGCAGUGAAGGAGGGAGCUCCCACGAGUUUAACCUGCACUGCUCCAGCCCCGUGCCCAAGAGAACCUCCAGCCCUGGUGUGGAGCGACACUCUGAACGGGAGUGUGGAGAUAGAGCAGGUUGAGCAGCAGGAUGGGACCAAGGCUGUAUCUUCUGUUCUGACAUUCACUGCCUCACAUCUGCACCACAACAAGGACAUCACAUGCACUGCGCAGUACCCAGUGGGGUCUGAAACUAAAAGCGCUGGAAAAGUCUCGACUCUUCAUGUUCUCUAUUCACCAAAGAAUACAUCGGUGUUAAUAAACCCUUCUGGUGAAAUAGAUGAAGGAGAUCAUGUGACACUGAGCUGCAGCAGCAAUGCAAACCCAGCAGUGAGCCGCUACACCUGGUUUAAAGUGAAGGGAGAUAAUAUCACAGAGAAAAGUGCUGAACAGGAUCUCACUUUUACUGACAUUAACCCGAGUGACAGUGGACUGUACUACUGUGAAGCAAGGAAUGAGCAUGGGGCAGAGAACUCGACAGCCGUGCAGCUGAAUGUAGCAUAUCCACCAAAGAAUACAUCGGUGUUAAUAAACCCUUCUGGUGAAAUACAUGAAGGAGAUCACGUGACACUGAGCUGCAGCAGCAAUGCAAACCCAGCAGUGAGCCGCUACACCUGGUUUGAAGUGAAGGGAGAUAAUAUCACAGAGAAAAGUGUUGAACAGGAUCUCACUUUUACUGACAUUAACCCGAGUGACAGUGGACUGUACUACUGUGAAGCAAGGAAUGAGCAUGGGGCAGAGAACUCGACAGCCGUGCAGCUGAAUGUAGCAUGUUGCAUGCCACAGAUUUCACAUGAAUCCAGUUGCUCAAAAGAUGAUACCGAAAGCAUUACCUGCAUUUGUGUGAGCCGUGGGAGUCCAUCACCGAUCACUGAAUGGAGGAUUGCUGGAAAUAAACUGGAAAACAACACCGAUAGAGGGAGCAUCAGUAACUCAAAGUUAGAAGACCACACAAUGAGAAGCACACUCAUCCUGCUGGAGCCGUUGGCUAAAAAUGAGGCUAUACAGUGUCUGAGUAAAAACCGCAUUGGCACUGCAAGCUUCCAGUUCCAUGUGUUCCAUGAACAGAAGGAAGGUGCAGAAAAGCAGAUCCAUUUCCUGUCCGCUCUCUACGGGGGGUUUGCUUGUGCUGCAGUAUUACUGCUGGGGUUUGGCUUUUCCAAAUGUGUAAAAAAGUUAAUGAAAUCGAAGUCAACCUCCAGACCCAAAAGGGAAGACACUGCAGAGCUAACAGAGGUCAACGGGCUUGACUUGAGCUCCCCUCAAGAUGAGGAGGAGAACGCAAUCUACACUAACAGACCAGCAGCCACUGAAGAUCACCAACAGGGAUGCCAGGAAGAAAACCUUCACUACGCCUCCAUCGAUUACUCCAAACUGAAACCUGGCAACCAGGAGAGCGGCACUAAACACGCCUCACAGUACAGCACGGAAUAUUCUGAGGUGAAGCGUCCUGGGACAGCAGGAAGUGAGAGGGAAGUCACGGAUCCCCCCAUAGAGGAAAAUGAAUACGCUGAGAUGAAAGGCUGCCCUGCCAAGAACAGGGAGAACACAGCAGCUAAGAGUGUCUCGACAGAAGAAUCUGACUACGCAGAGGUGAGACGCUGUCAUACAUCACCGGAAUGAACUUACAGAGAGAAGUUACCCAAAAGAGAAGGUACCAGGAGCACCAGCUAAAAUAUGGAGAUGAUAAAUCGGAACGGCUGGCCAAUCCGCUCGUCUCUCUCUCUUUGGCUUUGAUUAGAAUCCCAUGCAAAGUUUCCAGGAGACCCGUGACUGUAGGUUACAUUUGCUGUGUCCCGUGUUUUUAAGCAUAUUGCGGAGUGAUAUUAUCAGGAGCCUGGCUUCGUUGACACCCUUUCUAGUCUGUCCGGAUAUUUCCACACACAGGUAGACAUUAACGGCAGUGAUAUAAAGUGGGUUUGACUGCAUUUGAAGCCGUGAACAUGUCUUCUUUGUGCGUUAUGUUUUUGAGAAAUGUGUUUGAGCAUGGUAUGGGUUAUGAAUGCAUGUUUAAAGCUAUGGACGAACCAUAGUCAUCAUAAUUAAGUCAGGCGUUAGAGAAGCAGGUGUUUCUAUAGAACAUGCUUGUUUUCAACAUUUUGGGCUUUUAUUUGAAGUAAAAAUACAAAGGAACAUUGCAGAGGCAUCUUGUUUGUUUUAUUCUAUUUUUUGCCAGUUUACAUUACAAUGAUUGUAUUCACUUUGACAUUUGCUGUUGCACCAGCUUCAUCAUAGUGAAACAUAAACUGUAGCAAAAACUGAGUUAAUGACCAGGCUUAUCUAUUAAAUGGUAAGAGUGUU